CUGCUGGCUAACAGCAGAAUUGCAAAUAUUCAACUGUGCAGAACUGGUCAAAAGCUACUCCUGUCAACGAAGGUGAACAAAGUGGUCCUAAAUGACUCAAAUCCCAGGAUGGAGUCGAAUGGAAAACCUUCAGUGGCGGAGAUGGUGGUUUUAGCCACCAGCUCUGCACUGACUGCCGUGUUUUAUUCCAUUUACAGAAGCAGAGCUAAAACUGCUACCCGUUUAAAGGAAGCUAAAAAAGUCUCCAUUGAUCAGAAUUUAAAAGCCAUCCUGUCUGAAACCCCUGGGAGAUGCGUCCCUUAUGCCGUCAUAGAAGGUUUGGUGAGAUCAGUGAAGGACACUCUGAACAGCCAGUUUGUUGACGACUGCAAAGGAGUCAUCGAGAGGCUGACACUGAAAGAGGAGAAGAUGGUGUGGAAUCGCACCACUCACUUAUGGAAUAGCACAGAGAAAGUCAUCCACCAGCGCACCAACACCGUCCCGUUCGUGCUCGGGUCUUACGACGAAAACAUCUCCACCGCUGUGCGGGUCGUGCGCCCCUUAGACGCGGCAGAGCUGGACCUGGAGACCACCUACGAGAACUUUCACCCCACAAGCCAGUCCCUGUUCAACUUCAUCAGCCAAUUCAUCAGCGGAGAGCAGCCCAAAGGUAUCCACGAAAUGGAAGAAAUGCUGCGCGUGGGCGACAGCGUGACGGGCGUGGGCGAGCUGGUCCUGGACAACGACCUGAUUAAGCUGCAGCCGCCCAAGCAGGGCUUUUGUUACUUCCUCACCCGGCAGAACUACGAGUUCCUGCUGAGGAAACAGGUGAACGCCGGGAGGGUGUGGAGGAUCCUGUCCUUUGUGUUCGGGCUCGCCGCCUGUUCCACGCUCCUCUACAUUCUGUGGAAGUGGUACGUUCACUACCGGGGGAGUAGGAAGCGGCGGCGCGACAUGGAGGAGUUCAAGGAGCAGCAGAAGAGGCUCAUGCGUGAGCUCCAGAUACAGGAGAGCAGCGUCCGUGCCACCAGCUGCGUUGUGUGUCUGAGCCGGGAACGCUCUUUCGUGUUUUUGGAGUGCGGUCACGUGUGUGCCUGCGCCCCCUGCUAUAAGGCACUGCCAGAGCCAAAGAAAUGCCCCAUCUGCAGGGUGACUAUCGACAGAGUGGUGCCUCUUUACAACAGCUAAAUUUGCAGUUAGUCGGAAUUUCUCAGGCUUGAAAAGGGCGCUUUACACGAGCAACGAUGGUGACAAGUCACCUAUGCUGAACUGGAGUCGAAUGUUGAAAUCAAAUUUGUAAGCUAAUUCAUAUUGAUUAAAAAAUUGUGUCAUCUGGAGAGAGAAAAUUGAAUCACUUUGUGCUCCGGCUUACAAAUAUUGAUCCGAUUCUUGGCCCCACUUCCACAACAAUCUGUUAAAAGCAGCAUAGAGGACUUUACACUGGAGGGACUUCACCCUUGUAGUCAUUAAAGCCUUACAUUUGGUCAGCACCUCUCACUCUUUUACUCUUGUUAAAAUUACUGAUACUGACUAUUUUGGCUGUCAUCUUCAUACAUACAGGGGAUCUAAAAUGUGCACUAAACUCCUUUUAAGCUGGGAAAAAGUACUGUUGGUGGGAAAUGCAAAAUUUGAAGUUGUAGUAACAUGGUUCCUUCAACUAGUCCUGGUUGAAGUGCUUUAGUCUGGUAGGAGCCACCUAUUAUUCUCAAAUUUACCUACUCAAUUGUGCAAAUGUGUAACUAUAUAUAACUAGUUACACGUUCAAACUGUAACUAGUUAUGUAUUGUUUAUUUAAAUGUCAUUGUGCUUUAUUUGUGCACAAUGACAUUAAAGGAAUUCUGAUUCUGAUAAAGCUUCAGAUUUCCUGUCAAGUUCUGGGCUCAGUCUAACGUAAUUCCAAAACUUGAAUUUUUUUUCCAGUGAUUAAUUAUUUUGAUAUUUCCUUGAACUCCAAUCCUGGAGCUGUUUAUAAUUCCAACCACUUGGAUUUAAAAUCUACAGUUUUAUCUGAAGAAAAAUCACUCCCCAGCGUAAGGCUGCCACCUCCAUGUUUUACUGUGGGUAUAGUGUAAUGGUUAGCUUAAUUAGACCGUAGCACAUUCAGGGUUCCUACUCCUUUAUCAUGACAGAGAGAAAACAUGGACAUUUGAUUUGACAUGUUGAACAAAACUCUUCUUAACCAGUUUCACUUUUACAAUUUUAAUAAAAAAAUUGUUGCUUGCUUUCAAUCGGAACUAUUUUAGUCGUCCCUUAUGCGAGCUGUGCAAUGGAGUAUUAGGGUCAGAAUACAAGAAUCUUUGUUUAAUCAUGAAAAUAUAGUCAUGUUAGCAGAAUAUAGACACAAGGAUGUUUUAAUGAGGAAAAAAAGCUUGGAAAAUUAAUUUUAUGUUAUUCUUUGUGUUUGAGGUCUCAAAAAUGACUACCUCAUUUCCUAAUAUUCCAAAUUUAGUUUGGCAAUAUUAAGGCAUUAAACAACAUAAAAAUUAGAGUAGAGUAGAGAUGACCUGAAUUCAAAAUCCAAAUAUAUAAAAGCUGUAGAUAAAAAAACAAGAUGGUGGCCUUGGGCGAGCUGACUUCACUAUGAACUAUGGAAACCCAAGGAGUUCAUUGUUGAAAAGAAAAAUCCAGAUUUUCCAUAAACCAAAAAUUUCUUUAAUCGAUAAGAUUGAUUUAACAUCCAGCUGUCUCAUAUUUUCUUCAAACACUAUACCAUACCACCUUUAUUUGUAGAGCACUUUAAAUGUCCGUAAGACCAAAGUGCUGUACACAAUUUGAUCUACAAUCGCCUCAUUGUGCAAUGAUAAGCAAUAAAAUCAGAAAACUGUCUUUUUUAAAAUAAAUACAACAGUUAUACUAUCAGUCAAGAUAAAAACUAAAUUAAAUAAUAAAAAAAUAAAAGUAAAAGUCAACAUCUCAGAUGGUCUCAAAGGCCAGGGAGAAGAGAUUGGUUUUAAGGAUUUAAAAACAGACGGCCUGUCCAAAAGGUCAUUCCUUUAUUUAGGAGAUGCUGUAUCAAAACCACGGCCUUCUCUAAGUUUACACGUCGUCUUGAGCACACUCAGACAGAACAGGAGGGUGUGUAUUGAUGUAGCAGCUCUGGCAGGUAGAUUAGGUCAAGGUCAUAGACAGUUUUAAAAGCACAAACAUGUUUUAAAAUGAUAUAAAGAGGGUUUUAACAAGGCAGUAGUUGAACAGUUUGCCUUUUUGGGCAACCAGGUUGUUGCAGCUUUUUUAUUGCCCCUGCCAAUACAUUUGUAAGUUGGACUUCUAAGGCUGGAAAGGACCAUGUUAAGAAAAAAAAUUAAUUACAAUAAAUUCGUAAUAUUACAAAUAACGUCAUGAUAUGAGAAUAAAGUUGCAAUAAUAUGAGAAUAAAAUCAUAAUGUUGAGGAUAAAAUCAUAGUAUUUCAAGUACAAAUUCAAUAUUCUUAAUAUUAUGAGAAUAAAGUGAAAUUAUUACUAAAAUGUGAUAUUAUGACUUAUGUUAUUUGAUUUUAUUUUCAUACAACUUUAUUCUUGCAAUAUUUUGACUUUAUUCUUGUAAUCUUUUAUUUUCUUAUCGUGGCCUUAAUAACCCAUCAUGGUAAAGGUUAAAAAGAAAUUGUGAAAUUAUUUAUCAUAGUGUACGUUUUAUAUCGUUUUAUAUCCACUCCAUGUCACAUCAAUGACAUCUAUAACAAAGAAAAUAUGCUACAUGGUUGGGUUAGUUUUGUCUAUGGACAAAACUAUGCAAAUAAAAACGGCUUUAUAACCAA